GUCACACUCUCACAAUCAUUUUCUCGAACAAUCCACCAACAUGCCUGAAUUCAACAUUGUAGUAUUUGGCGGCGAUGGUGUUGGCCCUGAGGUCGUAGCAGAGGCAAUCAAGGUCCUCAAGGUCGUCGAGAACAACACCGAUGUGAAGUUCAACUUCCAGGACCAUCUCUUCGGAGGGUGCUCUAUUGACGCACACAACAAUCCCCUGACAGAGGAGGCAUUGGCUGCUGCCAAGUCAGCAAAUGCCAUCAUUCUCGGCGCCGUGGGAGGACCGAAAUGGGGAACCGGCAAGGUUCGACCUGAACAAGGCAUCUUGCGACUCCGAAAAGAACUCGGUACUUUCGGUAACCUCCGACCCUGCUUCUUCGCUUCAGACUCCCUCGUCGAUGCAUCCCCGCUCAAGGCCGAGGUCUGCCGUGGCACAAACUUCAACAUCAUCCGCGAACUCACGGGUGGAAUAUACUUUGGCGACCGAAAGGAGGAUGAGGGUGAUGGCAAGGCUAUGGACACAGAACCCUACUCGGUGGAGGAGAUCGAGCGUGUGGUGCGAUUGGCAGGUAACCUCGCUUCCGUUGAGAACCCACCGGUCCCUGUCUGGAGUCUGGACAAGGCCAACGUGUUGGCAACUUCAAGAUUAUGGCGCAAGACUUUCGAGAGGAUCAUGAAGGAGGAGUACCCACACCUCAAGUCUGGAACACAUCUCAUCGACUCCGCCGCCAUGUUGAUGGUGAAGAACCCCAGAGCUUUGAACGGUGUCAUUGUCACCAGCAACCUUUUCGGAGACAUCAUCAGCGACGAGGCUAGUGUCAUCCCUGGAAGCUUGGGUCUCCUCCCCAGUGCCAGUUUGGGAGGAAUCCCCGAUGGCAAGACCAAUAUCAAUGGCAUCUACGAGCCCAUUCACGGCUCUGCUCCCGACAUCGCUGGGCAAGGCAUCGUCAACCCUGUCGCAACAAUUCUCUCAAUGAGCAUGAUGUUGAAAUACUCCCUCUGCCGUCCCGAGAUCGCACAGAAGAUCGACGAGGCAACGAAGAUUGUCAUCGACAAUGGAAUUCGCACCAAGGACAUCGGCGGUUCCGCCAAGACCUCCGAGGUUGGUGAUGCCGUCGCGGCUGAGCUUGAGAAGCUCCUCAAGAAAUAAACGAAUAAGAAUAGAAAGAUGACUACUUGGAAAAGACUAUAGUAGAUCAAGCUGAGUAAAAAAGAAAUCUGGCAUUCUAAAAGUGGACGUGGGAUUUUAGCUGAUACCCGGCCAUGAACAACGCGCAUCAACGAGAUACCGAGCCAUCGCGCUCCCUAACAUAAUCAUCCAAUCAACAUUGUUCCCA